GCGUGGGCUAUAAAUGGGGCGGCCGGCGGGCCUCUGCCUCAGACUGCUCGGGGAGCGUGCGGCGAGGAGGCGCUGGGAGCCGUCGCUGGCCGCCGCGCUGUGGGGACCCGCUGCUAUGACUCUGGAGGAGAUCCACGGACAGGAGCCUGUGCCUGCGGGCCACGACUGGAUGCAGGGCGCCGGCAAGGCCCUCCACGAACUGCUGGUGUCGGCGCAGCGCCGCGGCUGCCUCACCGCCGGCGUCUACGAGUCGGCCAAGCUGAUGAACGUCGAUCCCGACAACGUCACUUUCUGCGUGCUGGCCACGGACGAGGAGGACGAGGGGGACAUUGCCCUGCAGAUCCACUUCACCCUGAUCCAGGCCUUCUGCUGCGAGAACGACAUUGACAUCGUGCGGGUGAACGAUGUGGCCAAGCUGGCUGCCAUCGUGGGGCCCAGCGAGGAGUCUGGGGAGCCGCGGGACCUCCACUGCAUCCUCAUCACGAACCCGAAUGAAAAUGGCUGGAAGGACCCAGCUCUAGAAAAGCUGAACUCGUUUUGUGAAGAGAGCCGAAAUGUCAAUAAUGACUGGGUGCCAACUAUCACCCUGCCCGAGUGAUGGUGACCCAGUGCAUUGGGGAGGCUGAAACCUUUGUUGCAUUCUCUACGUGGUGUGGGUUCACCGAAGUGUGCAACAAGCUGCUGAUUCCAUGGAUUAGCCUGGUCAAGAGACUGGAUUAAAGUCACUCAGACUGGCAUGCAGUGGGCUCUUACGGAGGAGAAGGAGGAGAACAGCUCGCCUCACCAGUGAGCCUCAGUAGGCUGCAACCAUGGAGAGGCUGAUGUACCAUGGAACUGAAAGAAGUAUUGCAACUUUCUUGGUCAAGUGGAGCUGUUUCUAGAAAGCAGAGAGAAAGUUGGGGGAAGCGGGCCAAAACUUUCCAGAAGGACUGGACAGAGUACUGUAACUAGGAACUGUUGGUGCUGUCUACAAAACACAGAAGAAAGCUUCAAUAUUUGAUGGACUGCUAGGGACUGAUUACUAAGGCAGAUACAGAGACUCCAAAGUGGACAGACUUCAACAGGCCUCUUGGGUCACUCUGCAGAACUGGUUUAAUAAUGCAAUAAUUUUUAUUGAAGUAUUUGCUGCUAUUGAAGCUUUCAUAAUAAAUUUUUGACAAUUAAA